AUGGCGAAUCUGGCGGUUGAUGCGUCUGACUUCAGCGCAGCACUGACUAGAGUCCAGCCAUCUGCACGUCGCGAGGGCUUCACCACUAUCCCAGAUGUGAAAUGGGAGGAUGUGGGAGCGCUUCAGGAGGUACAAGCCGACAUGGAUGCCGCAGUCUGCGAGCCCAUUCGACAGGCAGAGCUUUUCAGAGAGCUUGGUCUUACUGUGCCUGUGGGGGUGCUUCUGUUCGGGCCACCUGGUUGCGGCAAAACUUUGCUUGCCAAGGCAACUGCGAACCAGAGUGGCGCCAACUUCAUCGCUGUCAAGGGUCCGGAGCUGUUGAACAAGUAUGUUGGCGAAUCAGAGCGAGCCGUUCGCUUGGUUUUCCAGCGGGCGCGGAGCUCCUCGCCCUGCGUAAUCUUUUUUGACGAGCUGGAUGCGCUGGUGCCCAGGAGGUCUGCUGAAGGGACCGGCUCUUCGGAGCGGGUAGUGAACCAGAUGCUCACAGAGAUGGAUGGGGUGCAGUCGCGCUCGCAGGUCUAUGUCAUUGCUGCAACGAAUCGGCCAGAUAUUGUUGAUCCUGCAAUGCUACGGCCAGGCCGUCUGGAUAGACUUUUGUAUGUCCCUUUCCCUUCGGCAGUCGGUCGCCUUGAAAUUCUCCAGACGCACAUGAAAAAGUUGCCUUUGGCUCCUGAUGUGGAUCUGCAACGGCUGGCAACAGAUGCGGACGGUUUCAGUGGUGCAGACCUGGCAUCGCUUGCCCGCGAGGCUGCCAUGCUUGCGAUCAGGGAUGCAGCUUCUAGGAGCUGCAAGACUGCGGCUGGGAAUGAGACGCCCGCUGGAAAAUCCCAGGAGCAGUCUCAUGCAGCUGCUGCAGGAGUGCAGGUUACCACUGACCUUCUGGUGAAGGCCAGGAGCCGCGUCCAACCGUCGGUCGGCCAGCAGGAGAGGCGCGAAUACGAGCAACUUGCAGCUCGCUUAUGCGGCUGGCGGCCACCGCUCUCUGAUCAGAAGCCGUGA